CGUCUCGUCUAUAUAUAUAAACGAAGGCACAACCAGCAGGCGUCGUUGGCAUCCAUUAGCUAUAGCCAUCAAGCUAAGUACACUGCUAGCUAGCUCUAGCUACUACCAGCAACGAACAGAUAGAUCGUACGUCUAGAGAAUUAUUAACGAUCGAUUCAGAGACAUGGCCGAGAACCUGAAGCCCGUGGCCCUGCUGCUGCUGCUGCUGAACCUGUGCUUGUACACCAUCCUGGCCAUCAUCGGCGGGUGGGCGCUCAACGUCUCCAUCGAACGCGGCUUCAUCAUCGGCCCCGAGCUGCGGCUGCCCGCGCAUUUCCACCCCAUUUUCUUCCCCAUCGGCAACUUCGCCACCGGCUUCUUCGUGCUCUUCUCCCUCGUCGCCGGCGUCGUGGGGAUCGCCUCCGCCAUGGUGGGCUUCAACCACCUCCGCUUCUGGAACUACCACAGCCUGCAGCCCGCGGCGGCGUUGGGACUCCUUGCCUGGGCGCUCACAGUCCUAGCCAUGGGACUAGCUUGCCAGGAGAUCUCAUUCGACCGAAGAAACGCAAAGCUGGGCACCAUGGAGGCCUUCACGAUCGUCCUGACCGUGACGCAGUUCUUCUACGUCCUCGCCAUCCACGGGGGAAGUCACGGCCCUGUCCCGGUCGAACGCCACGCCGGCAACUUGCCAUGACCGGCGGCCGUUGAUCGAUCAUCCAUGACGCGAUCGACACGUAUAUAAUUAAUACGGCAGCAGGCGGACUAGCGGAGGAACUUAAUUAAUAUAUGUAUCAUCCAAGAAUGAAGUUGUGCUUUGCUUGUUCCUUUUGGCUUGAUCACUAGCUGAUACAACUAGUCAGAUAUAUCAUUCGAUUCUUUGAGUGCAACGUACCAUUGGAGACAACUAUAUACAUAUAUUAUUGGAGCUGUACUGUUGACAACAAUAUUUCAAGUAUAUAUCAUUCAUAUGGAAA